CUGCCAAAUGCCAAUACAUUCAAACUUCUUUGCAUUUUCUAGAGAAAGAAACACAGUUCAACCAAUUUUCUCUCUCUAAAUAUACACAUAUAUAUAUACGUAAUCCACAUAUAUAGAGAGAGAAACAGAGUCCCCUUUUUCUCUCUUCUCACUAUAAUAAAAGCUGGGGUUUUGUCCUAGAGAAGAUCGCUUCUGGCGGACAAUUAACCUAAAACCCUAGAAUUUGGGGGAAAAUGGGGGACUAUGUAGGAAGAACAGUCAGCAAAGAAGUUCAAGGGGUUGGAACAUUUAAUGGUACUGUCAAAUCAUACAAUUCUGAAACUGGGUUUUUUGAGAUCGUUUAUGAUUCCGGUGAUUCCGAGGUUCUUGAUUUGUCCCAACUCAAUUGUUUGUUGAAUGGAUCACAUCCACAUGAGCAUCAGCAGCAGCAGCAGGAGCCUGUUCCUUCUUCUACUGUUGGUCGAAAACCCAAAAAAAGGCAACGUCUUGCUAAACAGCAGGUUCAGGAGUAUAAGGAGAAAAGUCAUUCAGGUAAUGAUGAUGUUGCUGAUGAAAUGAAUUAUGAAAAUUCUAGUGAUUUAAACUUAAAUUUGAGAAAAGGGGGUGGUAAUUUAAGUAAUGGGUUGAAUUUGGAUUUGAAUUAUGAUGUGACAGUUAAUUUGAACGAGGAUGAUGUUGAUGGGGUAGUUGAUUUGAAUAGGAGUCAAGGGUUGAUAUUGGAUUUGAACAUUGAGCAGAAUAUGGGUGUAAAUGAAGUUAAGUUGGAAAAUUUGGAGGGAAGCUUGAAUAGAAGCAAUGUGAUUGAUUUGAAUGUGGAUGCAAAUGGGGAUGUAGGUCAUGUCUUGGAGGAUGUAGGGAUAAAGAACUGUUUUGACUUGAAUUUAGGGCUAGAUGAUGUAAGUAAGAACAUAAAUGUUGGUGGUGGUGAUGAGACGUCAAAGGAAAUGACUUGCUGUUCCGGAGAAGGAGGAACCCAGGAGAAAGAGGGUAGUAGAGAUAAUGAGAGAAUUGAUGGCGGAGAUGAAGAGAAGGUCCCAAUGAAUUUGGAGACAUGUUUGACUGAGAAUGAGUCAGCAAAUGGCACUCUACGGGAAGUUGAUGUUCAGUUGACAACACCUGAUAAGGGUACUGAUGGGUUGGAAGUGCAAAAUGGUGUUUUGGAGAGCUUGCCGAAGGGGAAAAGGGGUAGGAAGAAGAGGAAGCUCUUGGAUGCUGGCAAAGGUGUUACAGAGACAGUGUUGAGAAGAAGUGCUCGCAGAGCGAAAAUAGAAUCCGGUUCUGCUGAAGAUCGUGUUUCUUGUGCAGUAGUGUCUGAUGCAGCGAGUGACCCACUGUUGUCUCCUGCACUUAGUGUGGUAUCAGAGGAGAAAAUUAUUGUAUCAGGUCGUGAAGAGUCUGAAAAAUCUGAUACUAUUCCUCCAAAGAUGGAUUUGCCUCCUUCUUCCAGUAGUUUAGAUUUGGAUGCUCUUCCUGUGCUUGAUGUCUUCUCUGUCUAUUCAUUUUUGAGAUCGUUUAGUACUUUAUUAUUCUUGAGCCCCUUUGAGUUGGAAGACUUUGUAGCAUGCAUAAAGGCAAAUGCUCCUACUUUGUUGUUUGACUCUAUUCAUUUCUCUCUAUUGCAAAUACUGAGGAAGCAUUUGAAAUCUCUUUCAGAUGAAAGUUCUGAAUCUGCAUCUGGUUGUCUCAGGUCUCUUAACUGGGAUUUGCUGGACCUGAUCACAUGGCCUAUCUUUAUGGUUGAAUAUCUACUACUACAUGGAUCUGAACUGAAACCAAGUUUUGAUCUCCGUCAUUUUAAACUAUUCGAGAGGGAUUACUACAAGCAACCAGCUUCUUUGAAGAUUGAAAUGCUUAGGUGUCUUUGUGAUGACGUGAUUGAAGUAGAGGCCAUACAAUCAGAGCUUAACAGAAGAAUUGUAGCAGCAGAGAAUAUGGAUUUUGAUCGGAAUUCGAAGUCUGACAGUUCCAAGAAGAGGAGGGCUUCCAUGUCUGUUGCUGUAGGUUCAUGCUUUAGUGAAGCAGUCGAUGAGUCAACAGACUGGAAUAGUGACGAAUGCUGCCUCUGCAAAAUGGAUGGUAGCUUAAUAUGCUGUGAUGGCUGCCCUUCUGCAUACCAUUCCAAGUGCGUUGGUGUUGCUAGUAGUCACUUGCCUGAGGGUGAUUGGUAUUGCCCUGAAUGUCUGAUUGACAAAAAGAAUCCGCGGUUGAAUUUGGCAAAAUCAAUUCGAGGGGCAGAGGUAUUGGCAACUGAUCUGUACGGCCGGCUAUACUAUAGUUGCUGUGAUUACCUAUUGGUGUCAGAUCCAUGCGAAGACGAGUUCUCACCUAAGUAUUACCACAGAAAUGAUUUGGCUCUGGUUAUUGGGAUGAUGAAGUCAUCACAAAAGGUUUAUGGAACUGUGUUAAGUGCGAUUAUGAAGCUUUGGGAUACAAAUAGUAUGGCUGCGGGUGCAAAAUGUGAUCCGGAUACCCAGCAGAAAACUAUGCCCUCAAAUUUUCUGUCAUUAAUUCUAUCGCAACAUGAAGAGAAGGUAAAUGAAGGAAAGCAAGCGGAAAAGCUCUCAUCAUGUUCUGAUGAUGUGGGAUAUGAUGAAUCGGAGACAGUUGACCCAUCAAUGAAAAUGGGAAAUAUACUGCCAGGGUCGGAAGGAUCAGCUGAAAUAUCUCAGGUUGUUGCAGACAAUCAAAAUUACAAGGAGGGUGGAACUUUUGAAGAUUCUAAUCUUACCGCCAAAAUUAAGGAGACUAGAAGACCUCUCAGGGAAAGAAAGGGCAAUGAGUCUGUGGACUUGGGGCUGUCAACAACGAGCAACAAAGAAAUCAUGUCAGAAGAGCAGUAUGCAGAAAGUUAUGUGAACUUUUAUAGCUUUGCUCGAAUAGCAUCAUCAGUUGUUGAAGAGUUAACAAAGAAAUCACCUGGUAAGACUGGUGAAGAUGCUAAAAAAACGGUGGAUGAAAUAAUCUCAGCGCAGCUGAAGGCCAUAUCUAGCAAAUCUAUUGAUUUUUGCUGGCCCAAUGUUCAGAAUAUGAAGAUUGAUGCUAGGAAAGAAGAUUGUGGGUGGUGCAUCUCUUGCAAAGUUCCGGAGUGUGAGAAGGACUGCUUGUUCAUCCAGAAUAGCACAGGACCUGCUCCAGAAAGUUUUUCUAGUGAUGCAUUGGGUGUUCAUUCCAGGAGGAACAGGGAAAGCCAUCUUGUUAAUGUCCUUUGCUACAUAUUGAGCACUGAGGAUCGUCUUCAUGGACUUCUGUCAGGUCCUUGGUUGAAUCCACAGCACUCCCAAAAUUGGCGCAAAGAUGUUACUGAAGCACAUGAUAUAGAUACACUGAGAGCUUUUUUGCUUACAUUAGAGUCGAACUUGCGGCCUCUAGCACUUACCCCUGAUUGGCUGAAGCAUGUGGAUUCUUUAGCCAAAAUGGGCUCUGGGCAUCAUAUCAUUAUCAAUUCAUCACGCGUUAGACACGGAAUUGGCAAAAAGAAGGCUAGGCAUUUGGAGCCGGAGGUGAAUCCAUCUUCAAAUGCUGGAAGUGGUUUGAGCUUGUUUUGGUGGAGGGGGGGAAGGCUAUCUCGUCGACUAUUCAACUGGAAGCUAUUGCCCCAAUCAUUGGCGCGCAAAGCUGCCCGACAAGGUGGAUGUAAGAAGAUACCAGACAUGUUAUAUCCGGACAAUUCAGACUUUGCCAAGAGAAAUAAGUGCAUAGCUUGGAGGGCUGCUGUUGAAACUUCAAGAACCGUGGAGCAACUUGCUCUCCAGGUUAGAGAUCUUGAUGCUCAUAUUAGAUGGGAUGAUAUUGGAAACACCAAUAUCCUUGCAAUUAUAGACAAGGAAUUUCAAAAAGCUGUCAGAUCAUUCAAGAAAGCUACUGUACGCAAGAAAAGCUCGGAAGGAUCUGUAGUUAAGUAUCUUCUUGAUUUUGGUAAAAGAAGAUUCUUGCCAGACAUUGUUGUUCGAUGUGGAACCGUACCAGAAGAGGCGUCAACUGAAAGAAAGAGAUAUUGGUUAGAAGAAGCUCACAUGCCCUUGCAUCUUGUGAAAGGAUUUGAGGAGAAAAGAAUUGCUCGCAAAUCUAGCAAGAUAACUGUCGGGAAACAUCGUGAAACCAAGAGAAUAAUGAAAAAGCCUCUCAAGGAAAAGGGGUUUGCAUACCUUUUCCUUAAAGCAGAGAGAUCAGAGUAUUAUCAGUGUGGGCAUUGUAACAAAGAUGUCCUAAUUAGGGAAGCUGUUAGCUGUCAGUACUGCAAAGGUUUCUUCCAUAAACGACAUGUUAGAAAGUCCUCUGGAGUUGUUGCUGCUGAGUUUAAACAUACAUGUCACAAGUGUAUGGAUGUGAAUAAUUUGAGGAAGAAUGUGAAGAGGGGGAGGAUAGAGAUGCAGAAGAGUGAGGAAGCAUCAAAAGCCUUGAGGCCGCUGCGCUUAAAGGUUAUAUCUGGAGGCACCAAAAAUAAACAGCCAGCACAGUCGCCAAGUAGCAAAAAGAAGCCUGUGGUUAUACCCCUCAGACGUUCUGCAAGGAGGGCUAAAUUUGUAGUUGUGCAAAACAAAAAAAUUGGACGCAAGAAAGGUAAACAAACAAAAUCUGGAAGGGGGAGGGGUAGGCCUAGGAAACAUGCAAAAGUUGACAUAUCAGAGAAAAAGAAACCAGCAGAAGUCGCUUGGCGGAGGAAGAGAAUGCAGUUAUGUCGGAUUUACUGGCUGAAUGGUCUAUUGCUCUCACAAAAGCCAAAAGAUGAAAGAGUGACACUCUUCAGGAGUAAAAAGCUUCUUGUUCUUUCUGGAGAAUUGGGCGGCGCAGCUGAUCAGCCAAAGUGCAGUCUUUGUGGUGAACUAGAAUAUACACCUACUUCAAAUUACAUUGCAUGUGAAGUUUGUGGAGACUGGUUCCAUGGAGAUGCUUUCGGUCUUACAGCUGAAAGAAUUACUAAGGUAAUUGGAUUCAAGUGCCACGAAUGUCGGCGAAGGACCCCUCCUUUUUGUGCUCAUUUGCAUGCGACCAAUAGCAAGGGUAAGCAGGUUAUGUUGGAGAGUACAGAGUGUAAAUCUGCAGAUGAAACAUUUGACAUUGAAUCUCUCUCAACUAAGGGACCACUAGAACAGAAAUCUCAUUUGAAUGAUGAAUCAGGAUCUUGUUUUACUGGUGAUAAUGGUGAAAAGUGUCCGCAAGGGACUCCUCUUGACUCAUGCCAUGCAGAGAAUGGAAGUUUGCCUAUUAUUAGUUCAGAGCAGAGAAAAACUACUGAUAGCUGUAGCGAGAUGGACAUUGUACUUCCAGAGGAACCGGGCUUAUUGAAUGACAAUGUCAAUGCUAUCAAGGAGGAGGAUCAGAGAGUGUCGAAUGAGUUGUUGACAUCUAAUGACAGCUCCUUGCUGAAUGAUGACGCUAUAGAGUUGAAUCCGAGGGAAGACAUGGAGUAAAUACAAUCAUUGUGACAGGAUGUACAUUAUCCAAGUCUGGAAUGGAUUUGACAGAAACAGGAUUACCUUUAUUAACAAAUGAUCAACAGAGGGAGGAAUGGUAAAGCAAUGGUCGUUCCCACCUGUGGUAGAUAGAGCUAUUUUUGACGGAAUUGAAUUGUUGUCGGAGGAAAUUUUAGUUUCAGAUCAAUUUGUAGGUGUAAUUGGAGGGGGGGAAAUUAGACAAGUGUUGAUUGUGUUAAUUAAUCAACCUGAUUUAGAAAAACUUUACUUUGCCUUUUCGUAGCGUAAUUAUAGGAAUAGAAUAUUUAUCUUUGUUGGAAUUGAUCGUCUUUCCUUGCUUGCUUACUUAGGUUUAACUUGUAUACACAGCCCUUUGCAUUCAUUUGGGAUGUAAAGACAUUGAAAUACAAAGAAGUCUUCCUUCUUUAGAGUCA